GAGGAACACUGGUAUAAUAACACACCUGCCGAUCACAGGAGACACACACCUGAGCCAGGUCCGUAAUGUCCUGCUGGUUGAAGGACGGUGUGGUGUUGGAGGGGACAGGCAGUGGUCAGAUGUCGCCCCGCUCCAGAUUGCGAAGCCCCUUGACCAGUCGGACGGCGAGAUUACAUUCAUUUAAUGAUGUGACCUCUCCUGACUCAGACAGACAGGACAGAAUGAGCAAAGCUAAAGAGCUCUUUGAGCUCUGUGAUAAAGAGAGGAAAGGAUUCAUCACCAAGAGAGACAUGCAGUGGCUUCAGCAAGAGCUUCCCCUGUCUCCUGAGCAGCUGGAAUCAGUGUUUGAGAGUUUGGACAGGGACAGAAAUGGUUACCUCACACCCCUCGAGUUCCACACGGGCCUAGGAGAGCUUGUUGGUUCUGUGCCAGAGGAGAGAUCGAGGAGCAGAGAUGGAGAGAUGGCUGGAGAAGAGAGAGUAGAGCCGAUGGAGAUCCGAUUCACACACAUCCUCAUGGAGCUGGGAGCUGAUAAACUCUUUAAAGAUCAGUGGGAGCUGUGUACUCUGUGGUGUGAGCUCCAGAGGGACAAACCUGAGCUGUUGGAUGUUUUGGAGGAGGUUCUCUCCUACACUGUGUCUAAUCUUCAGGACGCACUCAAAGAGAGAGACAAUUUAGAACAGGCACUGCGCAGGAGAGAGGAAGAUCAUGACAGAGUGGUUCGGUCCAUAUAUGAAGACAUGGAGAGUCAGUUAAGAGAAGAGCGAGAGAAAAGACAAGCUCUGGACAGCAUGAAGCAAGGAGUCAAGAAAGAGCAGCUACUGCAGGAGUUGAGUAUGCGAGAACAAGAACUUGAGUUCACGCUCACCAAACAGAGAGAGUUAGAGAACAAGAUUAACACUCUGAGCAGUGAUCAAACUGACACUCGAGGGGAGAACCGCAGACUGCAGAACAUCAACCAGCAGCUGCAGGAACAACUGGAGCAGAGCCGAGAGGAGCUUCAGCACGCGCUGAGCCAACUACAACAGCUACAGAUCACCAUCAAACAACAGCAGAGGGGCAAAGAGAGAGAAGUCCUGAAAGUGUCCCGAAACAUGCAGAAGGAACGAGAGAGCCUCAUGAGACAGCUGGAUCUUCUCAGAGAGAUGAACAAGCGUCUUCGGGAUGAUAAAGAUGCCCAACAGACACAGAAGAUGGUUAGUCAAAAACAGCCCACUCCUUACCCACCGUGCCGCUGUGUUCACGCCUUCUCGUCGAGGAUGCACUCUGUUUAUCCAUAUUAACCCUGCCUUUUCCCCAUAUAACAUUACCCACAAUGCAUACUGCUAAAUGUGAACAUCUACAUUCAUCUGGAUGUACUUCCGUGAGUUUCCAUGAACCCAUGUUUUUUCAGGAAUUUGAAAGUUUCUGGAAUAAUUACAUUUUCCAGGUGCAGCUUUGGUUAGUAAUUAUUUUUUUUGGAGAGCUUGUUCCAUUCGUCAGCCUUGAAGAGGAACACCUAAUGUCUUGAAGGAAACCUUGAGCUCAACGAAGACCUCGAUUUCAACAUUUGAAACAGUGAAUAUGGGAUUUUGCCCUGUUCUCCAAUCAAACAAAUCACAUUUGGAGAACAUUUUGUCCUUGUUCGGUCUGUUACAGAAACAAGUGUGAUUCCAAAAAAAAAGGUUAUUUCUGUCUCAGAAGAGCCCUAGUCACUUUAUGCCCCUCAUUUUUUCUUUCAAAGAAAGUCAGUUAGAACAUACCAUGAAUAGCAUUUAAUUUUCAGUGCCUAGAAAUGUAUGGCGCUUUACCUCAUUAACUCUGAUUUCAUACAUUUGAAUUUUUUGGUAUUUGUAAUUUAAUAGUUUCUUUUUAAAUGUGCAGUUCUGUGCAAUUUAUGAGAGUUUACUUGUUCGGUCUCAGAUUGAUGCAUCAAAAACAAAAUGUGGAUUGUGUUCAAAUUUAAUGUUGAACAAAUGGAUAUGUUGUUAAAUAAACAUGUUCAUUCAUCUUGA